GUCAUCCUACCUGGCGCGGCGCGCGUGGUCGAGGCGCUGGCAUUUCGAAAGCGCGCGUCCGAGCGAACGUCAAGAUCGUCGUUUCGCGAAGGAGGGAUCGCGGAGGUGGCGUAUUACGUUCGCGAACGACGGCGAUGACUAUCAGUCGGCCGUGAGUCGUGAAGCGAGUGCGAGUUUGCGGGAGUCGCGAUCGAUUUCGAAACGCGCUCGUGUUUGUAUCCCGUCCGUGUCUGUUCGUUUUCGGCCGGUACAAACGUCGUAUCUUUGACAGCAAUGCGGGUGGACGGAAAGGGUGAUCGAUCAUCGCGGUGAGAGACGAUUCAAGACGGUAGUGUCGACCCACGUGACGAUCCAAGUGCCGCGCAAAGCUGUCAGUUUGAGAUACGAGACUCGAACAAGAUCCUGCAUCAGUUACAGGAGCGAGAAAGAAAGAGAGAGAGAGAGAGAGAGAUACGAUCGAUGUUCACGUGACAAUCAACAACGCGGCGUGAAGUUGUCGCUAAAGGGUGCGCGGACAACGGCCAUAUUCAAGGCGAGCCAUCGUCUCGCCCCGGGUCGAAGAGACGCACAGGAUCGGGAAAAUACAGUCUCGCGGCCAUCCACCGAGACGAAGCAACGCGCGCGAGACUUAUACGCGACGACGAAGGGAACGAGGACGUGAAGGAACGAGGAAACGCGGACGAUCCGAGCUGUGACAACGCAACGAUCCCAUCGCCGAGAUGGAGUUCAAGUUCAACGUAAAUAAACUCUUGCCUAGAAAGAUCAACAAGGUCACGCAUAACUUGGUGCCGGAAGACUUCAAAGGUGAUCGGCGCGAGUUGAACGAAUGUCAAAGACUAUUAAGCAGAAUAUUGGACGAUAUGGGUGAGGCAUCGGCGAGAGCUCAAGGACUCAACAAGCCCAUUACCAGCGCCCUUAAACUUCGGGACACAGAUCAUACAAUUUAUCUGCUCGUAGAUAAUGAAGCAAACAAUGGACUAGGUAGCGUGGUGGGUUUAUUGAAGACUGGAUCGAAGAAUCUCUUUCUGUUCGAUGAGAUGGGAGAGCAUUAUCAACUACAGGCGAGAUGCAUCUUGGACUUUUACGUGCACGAAUCACGGCAACGUAUGGGCCUGGGAAAUAUUCUCUAUCAGCAUAUGUUAUCUGAGGAAAAUAUGAGGCCAGUAAAAUUGGCCAUUGAUCGACCAUCGGAAAAGUUCUUAGCUUUCCUACGCAAAUACUACGGACUUUCGAAGAUCAUUUCACAGAACAAUAAAUUCGUCGUUUUUGAAGGAUUCUUCGAUGACGAGAGCCGAGAUGUGAAGAACAACAGAUAUAGUUUACCUCCCAGAAUGAGCUUGGAUGAUGGAACGCCUGGCAAUAAUAACAAUAACGGGAAGAAUAGUGCUAGUCUCAACGGAAUCCCGUAUGUAACGUCCGUUUCGCGUAGCUCAUUCGGUAGAUACGCCGCGGCACGACCGCCCUGUUCCAUGGCAAACAUAAUCCAUAACACAGCGAUGCUUGGUCAAUCAACCGAGCGUACCGGUAGCAAUAGUGAUAGAGCGUCGCCGCCUCCGCCAUUGAAGCUGGAACGACCGCGUUCUUUGAGCAUCUACUCCGAGGAGGAACAGAAGCAACGUGGUCUUGAGAUGAACACCGUCCCGACGCCAAUCGUACCGGAUAAUCAAGCAAAGCCCUUCGUUCCUAUCCUAUUGGAAGCUGAGAAAACGGAGAAGAAUGUAAAGCCAUCGCCGUCGUGCGGUCAGGAAGUGACCACCGGUACCAAUCAACACGGACAUCUGGAUCUCAAGUUUUACCAUUCACCCUUAUGGUGAAACGAUAUAACUGAUAUAUAAUUAUCUUUCUCGCUUCCUCCCCUCUUUGGAAGAGGAAUUCGUUUUAUAAAUCGGAUCGGUUCGACCUGGGUUAGCACCCUAAUUCCGGAUAACUCGAAAGAUUUUCCUUCAUCUGUAUCCAUGUACUUUAAGUAGAAUUACACAAUCUAGUCAGAGGGAAAGUUGUAAUCGCUCACUCAGGAUUAAGACAUUACGAUCCGUAAGCACACAUUUAUAAAUUUCAAAUCUUUUUCUAUUUUUUUCUAAACUAUACUAGCAAAAAUUCUCGUCUCUUUAAUUAUUUUUUCUGGGAUAAACUUCAACGAUUUAUAAUAAAGGCGGAAUAUUUCUGAUAUGAAAAUGAAACAGAUAUCAAUCUUCAGAUCAAAGAAUUAUGUUAUUUAAUUAAGUUGAGACAAUAAAUAAAAAUAAACCCAUCUUAUAAGGAGAAAAGAAAAUAAGGAAUUUAAAUAAAGCUACUAGAGAGACAUCCAAAAAUCUUGCAUACUUUAUGCUCGAUAUAUUUCAAAGAAUAAGAAAUCAUUUUUAUAAAAUAAAUGCUCGCUCAUCAUUUUCAAUAUUCAUCUAUUUAUCAGAUAAAUAUAUAUUUAUCAUAUAUGACGAAUGAUCUACAUAUUCAUACAUCCAUUCAAAAAAUGAAUAAAUAUGUAAGAAUGAAAAGUAAAAAGUCUAUGACGAUAAUACCGAUCAAUUAUAUUUGAAACAUUGUUUACACGUGUAAUGAUCUAUUUAUGUUAGAUGUUCAUAUUUAUAUAUUUAAUGAUAUAAUUUUAGUAUGUGACAAGGGGAGGUAGAGAAUGUUUCGGCGUAAAGAGAAUUAUAUAAAAUGAGAAGUGGGUCGAAAAAAUUUAUGCAUAUUAUUUGGACAGAUCUUGUUAUGCAGGAUGUCUCAGAACUCACAGAAAAUGAAUAUGUUAUUCCGUUAUUCCUUAUGAAACGGCUUAUGAAUAACAUUCUUAAUUCAUAAUUGUUGAUUAUUUAUUUAUUUAUAUGUAACGGGGAAGAAAUAAAGACCAUGCAGUAUUUCGCUUCAAAUUUGAGGACUGAUUGAUAUUCAUUAUAGAGAUAUUAUAUAUAAUAUGCACACACGUAAUGCAUACAUAUAUAUAUGUAGAAAGAACCGCUUGUGUAUGUGUGUAUACAUCUUCAGAUUCAUAUAAACACCCUAGAAGAAUGCAUGAUGAAAUUAAUUUAGAUAUUAUAAUCGAUAGAUAUUAGAAUUGGCACAAACACAUAUAUAAAUACAUAUUACGUAUAAAUAUGUACUACAUAUAAGUAGAACGGAGAGAAAUAGGGCCAUAGUACACACAAUUUAUUAGCAAAAAUUCAUAUUAUCAAUUAAAGACUGUUUACGUGAAAUUGUACCAAAACACACAGUAUAUUAUGGGUAGAUGUAAAAACAUUCACAUUAAUAUUUCAGGAUGUAUAAUCCAAAUAAAGGGACAUUCUACAGAGAUUAUAAGGACUACAGUUAAAGAAAUGAAGCAAUAUCAAUGAUCUGAUAUAUAUCGAUAAAUAAUUCGUUGGGCUAUCAUUAUUAUAUAGUAUUGUAACUUGCAAAUUGUUUCUCUUACAUGAAUGUAUAAUGUAAUGUAAUUAUUAAUACGCAAGGAUACAAUAAGCUCGGAAAAAAAUUGGAUAUUUAUAUCUGUUGUCCCAAUUACACAAGAAUUUUAUAUAAUCCAUAGAGAGAUAUCUAUAUGACAUGCUUAUGAAAAAAGGAGACAUCUAGAAUAACAUAUACAUGCAAAAUGAGGGUAUGUGUUUUGUUUUCAAAUAAAAGAAGGAAAUAAAUAGAUAAGGAUGAAGAAA